AGAGAGAGAGAGAGAAGUUCAUUCUAUAUGUGUAAGCUCGAAUCUUUUGUGGAAAACCCACGAAUCAUAGUGCAAUGCCAAAUUCAUGUCUGUUGUUCUUUAGACACUUAGCAUAGGUUAAGACUAGUGUCUCCUUCGAGGAUGAAUUUAGGGCAAUAUCUUCCUUCUCUAAAUGCCUAGUUGCAUACAUAAGAUGCAUGGGUGUCUCGUUUGUGAUUUCACUAGUAUCAUGUGAAUAUAGGUUAACCUACCAAGAAAGAAAGGACAUAAACAGAAUAUGGGUUGUCUCGCCAUCUUGGUACUAAGAUUUGGCCAAUUGCCCUCCUCCCAUACCAGCUAAAAAGUACGCACUCAGCAACUCAAAUUCAAAUGGAGCUUCCCUUAUAGCAACUGUAAAACCUGUCAGCAUCUCUCUUCUUUCUUCACCUAAGAAACCAACCCCCCUCUCUCUCUCUCUCUCUCUCUCUCUCUCUCUCUCUCUCUCCCUCUAGUCUCCUUCCUUGCCUCUUAGCACUCUCCACCAACACUUUGAACAAAAAUGCUGAACAUACCACCCUUCCUCAGCUUUGUCACCUUGUGUGAGACCUAUCUCCGCCGCUGCUUCACCAACGCCGGCCUCUCACAGCAAACCCUGAAGCUUGAUGGUGAGACGACCAUCCAGUUCUGGGGGCCGAAGCCCGAAGAAACCGCCCGGAAACCACCCGUCGUGUUGAUCCACGGGUUUGGCCCCGAGGGAAUCUGGCAAUGGAGGAAGCAGGUCCAAUGCCUCGCCCCUCACUUUGACGUGUAUGUCCCAGACUUGAUCUUCUUCGGCGGCUCCACCACGAGGUCCGCUGAGAGGACCGAGGUCUUCCAGGCGGCCUCUGUCGCGAAGCUCGCCGGCGAGUUGAAUUUAGAGAGGUUCCACAUCGUGGGGACGAGUUACGGCGGGUUCGUAGCGUACCACGUGGCGCGUAUGUGGCCCGAGAAGGUCGGGAAGGUGGUGAUCGCGAGCUCCGGGGUCAACAUGAGGAAGGGGGACAACGAGCAACUGUUGGGGAGGGCCAAGCUAGAGAACAUCGAGGACCUCAUGUUGCCGGAAGCCGCCGCGAACCUGAGGACGCUGAUGGAUCUGGCCGUGUACAAGCGCAUUGCGCACAUGGUGCCAGAUUUCGUAUUGAAUGAGUUCAUCAAUAGAUUAUAUUCGGAAAAUAGGAAGGAAAAGAUAGAGCUUCUUAAGGGAUUGACCCUUGGGAGGGAGGACGACCCUGGCAUUUCUGCUCUUCAACAGGAUGUGUUGUUGAUCUGGGGAGAUCAUGACCAAUUAUUUCCAUUGCAAAUGGCGACUGAACUCAAGGAGUAUGCUUUUGGGGACGAAGGUGAAGCUGGAAGUGAUGAAGAACACGGCGCACGUGCCACAGAUUGAAGAUCCGCUGCGAUUCAACAGCAUCCUCAAGGAUUUCUUAUGUGACGAGUCUUCUUAAGUUUCUUGCAUUGUAAUCAAUCAAUCUUAAUCCUAAGUAUGCUUGCUUAGCUCUAGCUUAUUGGUGGAUAAAGGCAGGUGGGUCCUUGCUCUCGGACUUCCACCUUGCAAUCUUGACUAAUGUAUUGUUUGUCCAAGGCAUAUUAAGCACUUAAUUAUCAUGUCUGACUA